UAAUUAAAUACAUUUCCGGGAAAUUAAUAUUAUCGGACGUCAAAGCAACGCAAGCGUUAAGUCCAGUUGAAGAAAAGUAUUGAAAGUAACAAAUUAAAUAUGACGUCUUUCAUCAAUAAAAUAUUACUCUUGCUGGGGGCACUUUGCUGCAUGCAAGUAUGCACCGCCCUUAUGUGCUACGACUGCAACAGCGAGUACGAUCCCCGUUGUGGGGAUCCUUUCGAGCCCUACUCUAUUGGGGAGGUUAACUGCAGCAAGCAAGAGCCAUUGGAACAUCUUAAGGAUAAAUACAAGCCUAUGCUGUGCCGCAAGACUGUGCAGAAAAUUUAUGGGAAAACACGUAUAGUUCGCGGCUGUGGUUAUAUUCCUGAUGAACGCACUGAUAAAGAAUGUGUAAGGCGCUCUGGCACUCAUGAUGUAUCAGCUACCUAUUGCGCCUGUACCAAGGAACUAUGUAAUACGGCCGUUGUCGGUGCAUCACAAAAGCCACUUCUUCUUGCAUUGGCCGCAGGAUUAACGCUGCUUAUGACAAGUCAAAGCAUACGAGUUCAGACAUCAUAAAUGUAUACUUUACGAAGUUUAUUUAUAACAUUUUUACAAAUUUAUUUUAAAAAAUCAUCGUUUUCGUUUUUGCAAUUUAAUGAGUAUUAGAAUAUAGCAAAACACUCGAAAUAAAAGAUAAAUAAAAAAUAAUUUGUUUUGUCAUCGUGAAAAUCAGAUAAUUAUUUAAAUUUUUACAUAAUAACAGAUACUUGUGGAAUUAUAAUUUUGAAUAACACAAAUGCGUAAUGACGCUUUUCUUGAAAGUGCAGACCACUAAAUACUUUGCGCCCAAGUCUCUUAGGCUUGCCUAAAAAGUAUUUCCACAUACAAAUAAAAUAUGUAAACAAAAAAAAACAAACUAUACACGAGAGCAUAUUAUGCGUAGAAGAAAGUAUGUGAAAUAUAUGAAAGCUUCAUUGUUCGAUAUCUGGCUGUAUUUUCAUUUAGCUUAUUUAAUUCAGAUGUCUAAUGUACAUUUCGGCAAAAAGGCUGUAUCUGAGGUAAAUGAGUAUAUAUUGUGUUCGAUAAUUCAAAACAUUUUAAAUAUAUAGAUGUGGUACACAAAUUCACUUCUUCUAUUUCAUUGUGUGAAACGUAAAAUAUGAAAAUCUUUCCAGGCGCAGCACUUGUAUACCAUCCGUAAAUAUAAGGCAAUAGAAGUACCUUACUUAAUUAAAAUUAAACUAACCUUUUAUUCAGUCGUAAAGUCAAAACUGUGUAAAUGAAACGGCUCAAUUUAUUUCAGAAUAAUUUGUAAUCCAAUUAAAAAAACAAAA